AAUCUAAUAAAAAUUAUAUUUUUAAUAAUGUCGGAAGCUAAUAUGUUCAUAUUUGUUAAUUUGGGAUGUGAAAUGCUUUAUGUCAUAGAUCAAAGACUUAAAGCACAAGAAGUUGAAACCGACAAAUCGAUUCAAGUGAUUAACGAUAUUACAAAUGUCCUUUUAAAUCCAAAAUAUAUACAAAAACUUCUAAAUGUGAAUAAUGAACAUUCAUUAAUAAAUCAAUCAAAUUUUAAGAAAAUUCUUUAUGAAACUGCAUGUUGCUCUUUGAUGCGUCUGGAAGAACCUUCAAUGUCAAAAUUAUGGGAUUUAAUGUUAAUGGUUUUUAAAUGGCAAAUUUCAAUUUCACCACAUUCACAACAUUUAAUUGAUGUUACGUUUCGUCAUUUAGAUGGUAUAUCAAUGUUUUAUCCUGAUGUUCAGAAAACUGUUUUAAUUGAUUAUACUAAAGACAUUAUAUUAGACUAUUGGAAUAGUAUUGAAGAAACUAAGCAAACCUGUAUUUUUAAUACAACAAAAGAAUGGUUAAGUAAUAUGAAUACAAAAAUUUCAAUUUUAUUACGACUAGGCUUUCAAAAUAGCGAUGGAACACUUAUAGAUGAUGUUAAAGAGUUAUAUCUUCAAGAAUUUAUUAAAGGAGCAGGAGAAAAUAUUUAUUAUAAAACUAAAGAAUUUACAGAGGCUGAAAAAAAUAAAGAGCAACAUCAAAUUAAGUCUAAUCAAUGGACAGAUUUUGCAAAUGAAUUAAAUUUUCUAUCACUAACAAAAAAUCAACAUAAUAUUAAUAAAAAUAAUAUAAUAUUUGAAAAACUUACCAUUGAGGUGCAAGAAUUAAAUGAUAAUGUUGAAGCUGAUAAUUGCAUUAAUGAAAACCAGCAAAGUCAAAAAUUUGUGCAAAUACCCCAAAUGCACACACCAAAAAAUUCUUGGGAAAAUUUUAUUGGCCAAAAUAAAAACACUUUGUCAUCAUUAAAAUUGAAAGACUUUUUAACGGAUAACUCCGAGAAUAAUUUAAAUUAA